AUGUUUUUGAAGAACCUGCUCACGAAGAAAGGCAAAUACAUCAACAAUGAGAGCAUCAUGGUGGAAGGAAACUACAAUGUUGUAAUCCAGAGGAUUCUACCACAAAAGUUCAAAGACCCAGGAAGUGUGACCAUCCUGUGCUCUAUUAGGGAUGUGCCAGUGGGUAAAGCUCUUAUUGAUUUGGGGGGAAUCAUUAAUCUGAUGCCCCUAUCUAUGUUCUGGAGAAUUAGGAAUAUGAGAAUUUCUCCUACUAGGAUGACGCUUCAGCUAGCAAACUGCUCUAUUACCAGACCAUAUGGUGUAGUUGAAGACAUCCUUGUUAAGGUUCGCCAAUUUACUUUUUUGGUGGACUUUGUGAUCAUGGACAUAAAAGAAGACUAUAAUAUUCCUCUAAUACUGGGCCAACCAUUCAUGCUUACUACAAAAUGUGUUGUGGACAUCGGGAAUGACAAUUUGGAGAUGAGCGUGGAAGAUAAAAAAAUCACCUUCAACUUGUUCGUAGCAAUAAAGCAUCCCAGUGAUAGUAAAACAUGCUUCAAGGUGGAGGCAAUAGAGAAAGAAGUCGAUCUCACUAUGCAACACCUGACCAUUCACUCCCCAUUGGAGAAGGCCCUAAUAAAUGUUGUUGAUUGCUUGACUAAUGAGGAAGAAUAA